GAGGACAGAAGUCUGAAGAGCGAAAAGAAAACAACUGACAAAAAAUCUCUCUUCAUUCACAUCACAAUCUAUUUUUUGUACUGGAAAUGGACGACUUUGGCUCAAAAAUCUCAAGAAACUCCAGCUCUGAGUUUACUCUUGCGGAGAUCCUGGAAAUGGAAAAUAUCUACAAAGAGGUUGAAGAACAAUCUCUUGGUCAAGAGUUUUGCCAAGACCUUGCAAUGAGCUUUAGUGGCUCAUCAACUCGUGCUGGAAAAUCUACUAUAACAUGGGAACAGGUGCAAAAUUGGUUCGAGGAUAAACAUAAAAAGCUUCACCCAGAAAGCACUUCCUCAGCUGUUGAUAAACAUAAAGAAUUGAACCCAGAAAGUGCUUCCUUCGAAUUAGUUGUUCAUCUUUCAGAUUCAAAGACUUCAAGUAUUGUACCCAAAAGUUCCCAGACACCUGAAGGUCGUCCUUCUUCUAGCCACGAUGAAGGAAUGAUGGAUCUUCAUGAGUUGGCAUAUGAAGCUAAAUCGUCAAAAGACAACGCAUGGUACGAUGUUGCUGCAUUUCUCACUUACAGAUUUCUCAACACAGGUGAACUUGAAGUUCGUGUGCGGUUUUCUGGCUUUGGUAAGGAGGAAGAUGAGUGGGUGAACGUGAGAACUGGAGUUCGAGAACGAUCUAUUCCCUUGGAACCUUCAGAAUGUGACAAGGUGAAUGUUGGGGAUCUUGUGCUCUGCUUCCAGGAAAGAGAACAUCACGCAGUCUACUGUGAUGCCUAUGUUGUUAAUAUCCAGAGGAGGCUACAUGACCUUAAUGGCUGUAGGUGCAUUUUCGUCAUUCGCUACGACGAUGAUGACACUGAGGAAAGGGUUCACUUAGGAAGGAUAUGUUGCAGGCCCGUAGGAUGUGAUUCACCUGCCAAAACAGAUACCCAGAAGGAAUUAUUUCUGGAUGAUAAAUGGAAGCUUUCUUUUCUUUAUUAGUGCCUGCCUCCUAUGCGUUUGGGAUGGUAUAGCUUCUAGAAGAGGUGCUCUGAGAGACUCGGCUUUUACAACGAAAAACUGCUUUGUGGGUGUUUGUGGUAACUUUCCCUUUGAGCUAAAUCUCAAGGGAUGUGUACUUUCCCAUGAAGCUUUCAAGAAAAGCUUGGGAAAGAAUGGGUGCGUUUGGAAUUC